CUGAAACUGUGGCCCAUCUCCUGCUGACAUCUGUGGCCUUUCUCCUGCUGACACCUAAUUAAUCUUCUACUGUAGUCUAAACAUCUGCUGCAGUUGUCUUAAGGCUUUACUGGAAGUGCUGAAUGGCUCAGUUGCAACUGACUGUGUGUUCACAUAUGGAUCCAAUGGCGUCCAGUUCCAGUCUUCCUGCAACAAACCAGGAAAGAUGUCAUCCUGAGGCUCUUAAAGAGCAGCCCCAGCUAGAGCACCUGAGGAAUAAUAUCCAGCAGCAACUCCUGUUCAACAAAGACAAGAAGUUGGCAGAUCUUCAUACCCCAAAAGGGAGGAGCUCUUCCUGUUCCCAACCUGCAGAAACUAGUCAGUUGAUCUUGGAAAAGGCAGGCUUCUAUUCUGCUGGCCCUCACAACUGGUACUUCAAGGGCCAGGCCAGCAGUCUGCCCUCCCACUGGAGAACCAAGCGGAGAGAAGGUGUGGACAGGGCAUACCCACUAAAACCAGUCUUUCCCCAUAAAGCUGGGAAUGCUCCCCUACCUAGUUCUUGGCAAGGUGGGAGCCCCCCAGCCAGAGAGACUCCUGCUAAUGGCACUAGUUCAGAGAAAAAAGGAAGGUCACAUGCAGUCAAGGCUCAUCGUGUUGGAGUGCCUUCUCCUUUUACUGUAGAACAAUCCAAGAGAGCAGCUUCUCAUUCGCGAAGGGCAGAGACAGGCUACAUUCAAAAACUGGAGGCUGCUGGGCGGAGCUUAGAGGAGGAGAUCCAGCGAAAGGAAGCCCUCCUUAGGGAGAAGCUGAGGAGAACAGAAGAAGAGCUCCGGAGAAUCCAGUGGGAAAGGCAGCAGGCAGAGGCAGAAGCAAGACGGGAGCGAGGAGGACUAUGUAUGCCUGAGAGGAAAGCAGCAGGUAUUACUCAAGGCCAUGUUUCCAGAUCUACAGCCCAGCUGUGUGAUGGUCAAAAGGUACAUAUUCCAGAGAGCCCCACUGCCUCAAUGGGAAUUGCCGUGCUUCCUCAGACAAUCCACAUGGAAAGGCUCAAAAAGCAAAGACUGGUGGCUAGCAACAGUAAAAUUCGAGAGAAUGUAUCUCAGAUUUCCACCACUUGUAGCCCAGAACUGACUUCUGUGAAUGACCAGGCUCUUUCAGCAGCAACCUCUUUGAGACAGGUUGACUCCAUGCCAGCAGAACCUUUAUAUACAGAGGCUCCAAGCAGUGUAGAGGAUUGGGGAGAGUGCAGUUUCUGUGGACGGAAGCUUUACUGCUCCAGGUUGGAGAAGCACAUAAGUAUCUGCAGCAAGAAUCAUGUCUUCAAGAGAAAAGUGUUUGAUUCAAGCAAGGCUAGAGCAAAGGGCACCGAACUAGAGACAUAUUAUCUCUUGAAGGGUUCAGAUACGUCCCAGAAAAAAACUUCCCACCAAAGCACUGAGGCUUCCAAGCAAAACAGUGAGAUAUCUAAGCAAAGCAAUUGGAGACAGAAGCAUGAAUCUUUCAUCAAGACAUUGCGCAGGGCUCGUGAGGUGCAGCGAGUAAUCUCCAAAGGGGGGAAGGCCUCAGAUCUGCCCCCAGCCCCUGCCAUGGAGAACCCAGACUACAAAUUGUGUCCAUAUUGCACCCGUCAGUUUGCACCUAAAGUGGCUGAGAGACACAUUCCCAAGUGCAAGAACAUUAAGAACAGACCACCACCACCACAACAAAAGAGACGUUGCUAGUAGUGGGUCAAAGUGACAUCUUCAACUGUCAUCAUCAUAGUGAGGGUCCCUGCCGUUGCCUUCAGUUUGACAGCAUAGAACAGCAGACUGUGAUCCCACUGCUGCAGCUCCAUUAAAAAAUGUGUAAAAUCAGUGAGAAACCCACAAACUGAACAGAUUAUUAAACCCCUCAUAUUGUGUAUUGAGUUCUGUGCUUCCUAAGACAGCACAGGAAGACUGAAGGUAGUGCUCUUACAUCUGUGCUGCUGCUGUUGCCUGAUCCUAAUUCUCUCCUCUGUACAGUUCUUCACAAGCAAGCUAUACACAUUUGAAAGGAACAGCAGGAUUUCUGACUGCCUCCUAGUAUGGGAGUAAUGUGCUGCAUAGAGAUCCUACUAAAAAAUAUGAGAAGGAAAGACUGAGCUCCCACCUCUCGAGUCAAUCCCUGCAUCUAUGUGAGGUGUCUCCUAAGUGGGACUACCAUUCAUAUGUGCUGCCAGGGACAGAGAUUUCUCAGUUGUCAUAACUGGAAUAAAGGUCUUAAACUACUGAAAUGCCCAGUGUUAUGUUGGCCACCAUAGAGAAGACAAUCCUUGUUCUGUACCACUCAAAUUACAUUAUUGUAUUACUGGCAUAACUGUUGGGAAUGGGUGAUACCUACUUGGAUAUAUUGCAUGCUGUCCAUCUUAUGUUUUGGAGAAGCUUCCAUGGCCAUUCCAUUUUUUUGCCCAUCUGCACAUGGUCUGUUCAAAUUUCUCUGUAGCUAUGAGAAAAUAGCCAUGGACAAAAUGGGAAUGAUUGUGGGGUAGAUUACUUUAGCAUAAUUUGGCCAUUGAGUCUCACCUCUUUAUGCAAUCAAAAGCUCAGGGAAAAGGGAAAUUAGGUAGUUAUUUAGGAGGUGGACACUUGGGUUAGCCAUUGCAACGGUAUCAGGUUAGUGGCUGAGAAAUCUGGGUGCUGACCAGCUAGAGGGAGUGUUUCGCAAGCAAGGGGAACAAGUGCAUUAAAGGUAGAAUGGCAUAUGCACUCAUUGCCUCUCAGUAAUAAAUUCAGUCUAAUAAAAUAUGUGGAACAUGGCAAUUUGGAUGUCUUAGGAAAGUGUAGCUAAUGAAAGUGGGAAGAUAAAGCAUAGAGGAAUGUAUUGCCUCUCUGUCACAUCUUACCAAAUACCAAUCUCAUUUUAUGCAAUGCAAUGCUUCAACAGAUUAUGUGGUUCAUAAGCAUUGCUACAAAAUGCAAGCGUUGAGUCACUAAUGAGAAAUACUGAUAUCACAUUAGACAUGGUAAGAACAAUUCUCAUUAUGUGCACAACCUCUUUCAUAACACUGGCUGUGAAAAAAAGACAGGGAAGAGUAAUGAAGUAUUUAGAUUUAUGAAAAUGUAGGAGAUGGAUUUCAGGACAGUGUCCCCACUGAGGAAGCUACUAUAAUGGGAAUAUGAAAUCAUUAACGCUCUACAUUUUCUGUUACUAACAAAAUCCAAAAAAAUGGUUUGAGGCCAGACUGGCUUUCUCGAUUGCACAAACAGCUCGUGCCAACUCCCCCAUUUGUUUUCCCCAUGCUUUCAAGUCAGAUAAUAUAAAAGCAAAGACUGAUUUCCAGUGGUUCUCCUAUAUCUCGUCUCUGCGCCCCCGCCCUCCCCCGUGCCGUCCGUCGCCGGGUUGUGCCGCGCCGCCCACCGCCCUUCGCCAGAAGGAGCUGAAGGAGAGGAGGAGGACCCCGGCGGAGGUGGCUGUGCGCACCCCGCCGUUUCCCUGUGCCCUCCGUGGCUGCUUCCCCGUAAGGUGACCGCCUGCUUCGUCUUCUCCGGCCCCGAUUGUUGCUCCGGCAGCCCCGACCGGCCGCCGCGCUGGAGGAGCAACGCAAAGGAGACCCCAGGAGAUACGGGACACAGGCACAGGAGACCUCGGGAGAGGGACGAGCUCCGUCGCUACUGCUGCCGGCUGUCGGAGGGAGAGCUGUCGCUGUUGUUUGUGACUGUGUCGCUGCUCUUUCUGACUGUUGUUGUGCCCUGCAGGACUGGGUCCUUAGGCGCUCUACCAGCUGUGACUUAUUUCCUCCACCUGCUUGCCGGGAGUUGGAUAUCAUUGCUGCUUGAAGAGGGAGAAUUGCGGCUGUUUGUUUAGCUGCUGCUGCUACCGCUCCUCUGCUAUUAUA